UGUAAGCGUGUCACUCUCAACUCUCUGCAUCUCACCCUGUACCUUCUCCUUCCUCCUCCCGUACCUCUCCCCUCCCAACUCUUUCCGUAUCCUCUGAUCAAUCCAUGGAAGGAGCUCGGGUCACACAAACUCCAAUGCCGCAAGACACGCCGACCUCCCCAAGGAGACCUCCGACGGCCACAGCCUCCUUCACAGGGGUCUCAGGCCAGAGCCCUCCCUCCCUGUUUCCACACACUCCCGUCGUCGCUGGCGGCCGUGCAGGCAAGGUGCUCGACGAAAUGCCUCCUGACACGCCAAGGCUCGUCGUCGCAAGCCUCGAGCUGCAGCGGCGGUCGUGGGCGGACGUCCCGCCGGACAUCCUCGGGAUCGUGGCCGGCCGCCUCCCCUGCGUUGAGGACCGCGCCAGGCUGCGCUCCGUCUGCGCCGCCUGGCGCGCGGCGGCGCGCCUCCGCCGCCCGCUGCCGCCGCCGCUCCCCCUGCUCGUCCACGCGGACUUCUCCUUCUCCAGCUUCUCCCCCGACGGUGUCACGACGGGGACGCGUCGCAUCCCCCUGCCCGAGGACGUGGCGGCCGACGAUGUCCGUUGCGUGGGCUCGUUCGAGGGGUGGCUCGCCGGCGUGCGGCCGAACCAAGGUCGCUACUUUGGCGAUGCCCAGUGCUUCUUGAUGAACCCUUUCUCCCGGGACGUGCUCCAUCUCCCGCCUCCCUCCGCGUCCUCUCAUUUCGUCGAUGCCCACAGUAGAUCCCUGCCCAUCAUCGGUGGCUCUGGUGUGGUUGAGUGCACCAUCAACGCCCCACAGUACGUGAUGUCGUUCUGCAAGGUAAUCUUGUCCUCCUCACCUGAUUCUGGGUCCAAAUGCAUUGUGGCUGCCUUCUCGGUGCAUCGGAACGGAGCCAAGCUUGCUCUCUGGCGGCCUGGCAUGACGUCGUGGUGCGUGUGCCUUGGUGGCUGCAUAAGCAAGUUCAGUGAUAUUACCUUCUACCAGGGCAAGAUUUACGUGCUCAGCGAGCUCACCACAAAUCUCUUUGUCAUCGAGAUAACAGAUGACGACGACUCUGGGCUGAUGGCUUCUCGUGUCGAGCGUUGUGUGGCCGAGAGGCCUGAGAUCAAGGGUAGCUACACACAGAGGUGGAACUUGGUAGAAUGGCAUGGAAAACUGUUGUUUAUCGCCAGACACUUAGGUGGCGGUGAAGGCUGGCACGAUAUUUGCAAGGUUGGAGUAUAUAUGGUGGAUUUAAGCACUAAACCUCUUCAAUUCACUGAGAUCAACACCUUGGAUGGCGACUGUAUCUUCAUCAGCCCGUGCAGCAGCAAAUCAUUUCAUGCGUCAGAGUAUGAAAGGGUGGAAGGCAAUGUUAUCUACUUCAUCGAUGGCUAUCUCUGCCAUGCUAAAAAUGGUCCCCUAUUUGAUAAGUUCAUGUACAACUUGAGCGAUGGUACAUUUGCGCCAUUUGCUGCAGAUUUAUCAGAGUGCAACUUUCAGGCACCAGAUGGCAAGCCCAUGAGUCAAACGUGGUUGUUUCCUUCUGAAUGAACUGCAGCACAGCAACUCCGAUGUUAAUGAAUCUUUAAUGUAUCAGAGAUCCCUGAUGCUGCUUGGCGCGUGGACCAUUGUGUUUGCUUUUCAAGAACUGAAAAAUAAAAACUAGUGUAUGUUGUUGUCUAAUUUGUGAUUAUUAUGAUGCUUGCCGACUUAAACUGUUUUAGUACUUCGUUUUCAAAUUUCCAUUUGGAUCAUCAGUUGAUUCACAUUUGUGGGAAUCAGUAGUUAAGUGAACAGUGGUUCUUCAUAUUAACUAGACUGUAGUGGUUCUGCAAUUCCUCACCUAUCCUCUUCCGGUCCUUUGGGUAUUUCUGUCACUGGAGUAGAAUUUCUACUAGUGGUUAAUAUAGCUAGUGGAGUGUUAUAUCUUCAAGUUUUAUUCAAUGGAUUUCAUUUGAAUCUAUGGAACUGCUUGCUUCCUUAUUGAAGCAUGGUAUUAUUAGGGAUGAGCCUUUCAGUGCUGUUGAUGCCCAUACAGCAACAAGUCUCCUCAAUAUGUAAGCAUCGUAUCAGCACAUGCAGAUUGUAUUAGUAUUUGAUUAUGAGCUGAUUUAUAAAUCUCUUAUUUUGUAUGACAACAUUAUGUCAUGCCUUGUGAUCUCGAACACUACUUAUGAUAAUAAGAAAUCCAAAGUACAGUGGCUAUAGAAAGAAAGGAAGAGUUCGAUUGCUUGGAGAAGGUAUUCUUCUUGGUCGACUUUUUGCAUAAAAAUAUUUAAUAUCACUAAAGAAAAAUGUUUUAUUUAAAACAGGGUAUUUUAUCAGAUAAAACUGUUCCUUUGGUAACCCACCAAGUGGAUUUUCUGCCCCUUAUUUGACUAGUGAAAAAUUUCGGCAGUUAGAUGGGGAGGUUAUUCAUCUGCACCUUAUCAAAUUCUAUUGGCAGACUGUCAACAAUUUAAGGACCUUGUAAAUGCGCAUAAAGAUACCGUUGGUGAUUCAAAUCUUAACAGUAUGGCCUCUCGAAGAGUAACGGAAAUACCAAGAACAGCGACUGAUAAUAUUCAUGGAAACAGAUAUAUGGAGGCUGUGAAGCCAUCACCAGUAGAUCACUCGAUCAAGAGAGGAAAGAGAAUCAGGGGAUACAGGUCUUAAGCCUUAUAUGCUUUACCUGUGCCAGAACAAAGGCUUCUUGUAUGCCUCUCUUUCUGUUAUUUCUCACAUAAUUUUCUUAGCUGAUCAAAUUUCACAGAAUUCAUGUAUGGCUGCUAAUGUCCAAAAUGCCCGUGUUAGUUUAGUACACUGAAGUUAAUUUCUGUGUACAUUGUUAUCGGAGUCUGCACCAUUUUCUUUGUGCUAUCACGAUCUUUGUUCCUCGUUGUUCUCGGAGUCCAGACUUCAAGAUCCUUGUUUUCCCAGUUGCUCAAUUCAUUGUUCCAUGCACCUAUGUCCUUUUUUGAUUCUACUCCUAUAGGCAGGAUUCUUAGCCGGGGUAAGAAAAGCCUGAAACAAAUGACCGAUAUGGUAAUUACAGUUCUGUUUCACAUUCAUUUUCUAAUGAUGGAUUAUCCCCUGCAGGUCUCUUCAGAUUUGAGUAUCAUUGAUCUUGAUGUUCCAUUUGCCUUCAUGUUUACCUUUAGUGCCAGCUUAACUACAUAUAGCAAUCUGGUAGUGUUGGCUGUUGUCACAUGGCAAGUUCUGUUUGUAUCGUCGCCGAUGAUAGUUUUGGCAAUUCGGUUGCAGGUGAUUGAUCUAACUUUAUUUCUGCAUGGCUAAACUCCCUUUCUAUUGUUAUUUCAUUUCCCGAAUGAUCUACUCUGCUGAAUUUUCACCCAUGGGGUUAAUUUAUCAGAUGUUUUCUCACAAUUCUGAUUGAGUGAGAUCUGUUAUAUUUGGUCUUCUAGAGGUACUAUUUAGCCUCAGCUAAGGAAUUGAUGCGGAUUAAUGGCACUACCAUGUCUGCCCUAGCAAAUCACUUUGAAUCGAUUUCAGGGGCUAUAACAAUACGUGCCUUUGAGGAACAAGAUCGUUUCUUUGCUCAAAAUUUGGAGCUAGUCGACAAGAAUGCUAGUCCAUACUUUUAUAAUUCUGCAGCUACUGAAUGGUUGAUUCAGCGCCUGGAAACAAUGAGUGCUGCGGUUCUUUCUUUUUCUGCCUUUGUCAUGGUUCUUCUUUUUCCAGGAACUUUUAGCCCCGGUUUUGUUGGAAUGGCAUUCUCUUAUGGUCUUUCCCUAAAUAAUACUCUUGUUAACUCUAUUCAAAGGCAAUGCAGCCUUGCGAAUCAAAUAAUAUCUGUGGAAAGGGUGAACCACUACAUGGACAUACAAAGUGAACCAGAAGUUAUUGAAGAAAACCGUCCGGCACCAGAUUGGCCCCAAGUUGGCUGUGUGGAGCUUAGAGAUUUGAAGAUUAGGUACAGGGAAGACGCACCCCUUGUACUACAUGGUAUCACUUGCAAGUUUGAAGGUGGAGACAAGAUUGGUAUAGUUGGUCGAACAGGAAGUGGCAAGACAACUUUAAUUGGUGCAUUGUUCCGCCUUGUUGAACCUGCUGGAGGGAAAAUAAGUAUUGACUGUGGACAUCACUACGAUAGGCUUACAUGACCUGCGUUCGUGUUUGGGCAUCAUUCCCCAAGAUCCAACACUUUUUCAGGGUACAGUAAGAUAUAAUCUGGAUCCUCUUGGGAAGUUCUCAGAUCAACAAAUAUGGGAGGUUCUUGACAAAUGUCAACUUCUUGAUGCCGUCCAGGAGAAGGAGCAGGGAUUGGAUUCACUUGUUGCUGAAAACGGGUCGAAUUGGAGCAUGGGCCAAAGGCAGCUCUUUUGCUUGGGUCGGACGCUUUUGAGAAGGUGACGUAUCUUAGUUCUUGAUGAAGCCAUGGCCUCUAUAGACAACGCAACAGACGCCGUCCUUCAGAAAACGAUCCGGACAGAGUUCAAAUAUUGCACCGUUAUUACAGUCCCCCACCGUAUUCCAACAGUUAUGGACUGCGAUGUGGUACUUGCAAUGAAUGACGGGAGAGUAGUGGAGUAUGACAAACCUAUAAAGCUCAUGGAAACUGAAGGAUCUCUCUUCCGCAAACUGGUGAACGAGUACUCGUCGUACACAUCGAACUGAAACAGUUAGGAGAGAUCGUUGAUGACGUGCGUUACUGUUCAAGAAUCAGUUUCUCUGGAGAUGUACAAGAACCAGUUUCAGGGAACGGGCAUGUUUGGAUCAGAAAGAAAAAUCUCUUGUCAUACUCCAGAGGAGCUCAUUUAUUUGCAAUCUGAAGAAGAUGCAGUGCCAUCUUCCAGAAAUUGCCUGGAUUCUUUUAGUUAUGUAUUGUUACCUGAAAUUUUGAGUAAUAUACUACAGUUUAGCUUAUUAUUUGUUGACCGUUGCCGCUCUUCACAAGCGCUGAAGCUGAACAGAGCAAAUCCCAGAAUAGUUCCUCGUUCCAGCAAUCAAGCAUACAAGUCUACAGUAAUUGGGAAGAACUUCAAAUCUGUAACCCUGCUCGAACUUGUUAGGAGAAGAAAUGAUGAUGUAUAUAAUUUGUAUGUAGAUUUAGUGACACCAAAUAAUGUGCAUAUUGGCAUUAUAUUUCGGUCACAAUUUUGAGUUUCGCUCUGUACUGGAAGUGGAGGGAGCAUCAGAAGUUGAGAAGAGCAAAUUAUAUGUAGAAAUGAAGUAGAAAGU